AAGCGGCUUAUCAUUUAAACAUGUUCAAAAAUAGUCGACACUUUAUUCAUUUUCGAGCUGUUUCCCAUUUUAGGAGGAUUCCAAUAUGAAUAAAGACCUCGAAGUUUGGAUCAAACGUGCAACAGAAAAAGAGAAUUUUAAAAAUUUUGAAGUGAAGUUUGAUGGUCAAUCAGAAAAAUGUGAUGGUUUUGUCGGUGAGGUUUUAUUUGUAACGGUCGAAGGAGUGACUGAAAGUGGAGAAUCGAAGACGCUGAAUCUUGUGUUGAAGGUGUCCAAAGAGAGCGAAAUUGUCAGCUAGAAUACGUAAAUCUAAAAUAAUUUCUAGGGAUGCAUUUGGAAGAGCAGUGUUUGAACAAGAAAUGCACAUAUACGAAGAAGUACUUCCCGCUUUCCAGGAAUUUCAAAAACAGAGAAACAUACAAGAUAAAUUCGCAUCCUAUCCAAAAUGCUAUAAAUGCCUGAAACUGUACAAAAAAGACGUGAUAGUGCUUGAGAAUCUCAAAGCACAAGGAUACGAGCUUCACAAUAAGCUGGAAUGCUUCAAUUUGGCUCAUACGAGAAAAGUACUACAGCAAUACGCUAAGCUGCACGCGUUGUCCUUUGCUCUAAAAGACCAGAGACCAGACUUUUUUGCAUCUCUAGUAGAUGGUAGCAUCGAUUCGCUGCUAGAUUAUUUGAAAAAACCAAGGUUCCAGCAGGCAAUAACUGAAUCCUGUGAAAAUGGGGUAAAAAUAUUGAUGAAAUAUGGAGAUGAUAAGUUGGCUGAUAAGUAUGAUAAGAUAACGAUUGACGGUGUUGAUAAAUUGAAACAGAUUUAUGAAGAGAAGUAUGAUCAAAAGGUUAUUAAUCAUGGUGACUGUUGGAAUAAUAACUUCAUGUUUCGAUAUGAGGUAAGGAACACAAACAGCAUGAUAACAUAGUGGGGGGUAUCAACACUAAGAGAAGAUCAAGGGCGGCGACAAAAGUUCCCCAGCAUCAGUUAUGAUCUUAGACUGGCAGAUAUCGGUUCCAAGGUCACCAGCUUACGACCUAGCUUACUUUUUGUAUGCAACAAGUACCGACUACGCAGGCUCAUUCAUAGAUCUCCUCAAGGAGUACCACGAACAUCUAAUAGACUUUCUGGUGCAACUAGGAAGUAGCCCAAAUUUAUUCACUUUUGAAGAUCUACUGAGACAUUGGAAAAGGUGGCGAUAUGUUGGUGCGAUAUUUACGCCGUUCGUACUAAAAUUCUCUUACGCAGAUAAUGAAGCUUUGCCGGAGUUCGAGAACUCUAAGGAAGCUGAUGACAUUACUGAUAUGAUGAAGUUCACUGUAGCGAAUGAUAAGUUGUAUCAUCAGAGACUGAAGAGUAUUGUUGAACAUUUCGAACUCCCCUUGUAAUGAAAUGUACGAGGGUCGUUAGAAAAGUAUACUACCCUAUUUUUUAAGUGUACCACCUAUUGUCGAAACGACAGUUUUUAUUUCUUUUGAUAGGAUAACUAAAAUAAUAAUAAUAGUAAGGGAGGUGGAGGAAGUGCAUUACAGUCAAAAAUAGUAGUAAUACGAAAUAAAAAACUGUUUAAAAGUGGCAAAUAAAUAAGAAAAAUCCACAGAAGUCUUUUUCUGUGUGAAGUAUUUAAAUAAUUUUAAAUUUUGCAUUUUAGUUUUCAAUAUAAUUAUGUAUGUAUGGCACAGUACAAACCCAGUCUUUUAAUUUUCGUCCGCUUUUUGUUCCAAAUUUGAGUAUCAUUAUUUCGUUAGGUACUACAUUAUAUAAUUCAGCUGCUAUGAAUUUGAAUGGUUCUUUCAAUAAUGUUUUGUGUGGUUUUUGAAUAUUUGAUGAGCCUAUUCGGAAUCGUGUUGCGUGUAAGAAAUAAAGCUGUCCACUAUCGAGUGACCCCGUUCCCUUAUACAAAAUGUUUGACGGAUAUAAUUUUGGCUUCUAUAAAAUGGCUUUUAGAACUGUUUUUUGUGUCUGGAUCAGAAAUAUAUGUCUUGCAGGUGGCACCCCAACCUGUAAUGCCGUAUAUUAUAUGGGUUUCAACUAAGGCUUAGUACGGUAUUCGCAGAUAGCUUUCUGAAUGAAAGUAUUUUGAGUUUAUAGGCAACAUGUCAGAUUUUUGAUGAAAUAUGUAAUAUUUUUAUCCCAUCUUAAAUGUGAGUCUAUAAAUACUUUCAAAUAUUUUAAACUGUUGACUUCAUAGAUUUCUGUUUUUUGUCCAUGAUAAUUAACGGAAAUUUGUUCGAAGCUAGGUAAAAAUUAUGAAUAAGUUAUGAAUGCAAUAAGUUUUAUCAGGGUUAGGUUCAUAAAUGAUAACGAAUAUGUUUAAAAUAAAGUGUUGCUAAUGUUUCUGUUGUUUCUGUACUCAUAUCAAGAUAUAUUUUCGACUUACCUGCACUUUUUGAUCCAAAACGCAGCCACAGCUAGAAUUCCCAAACCGACCAUUACAAGUGAUGUAGAAGCCUGAAAUUCAAUUGAAAGUAUGCCAUUAGUUUAACUAAAAAUGCGAUAAGAUUCCAUCUGUUAAUUCCCUGAUAGCAC